CAAGCGGGUGCCCGGGGCGCAGCCUGCUUAACACUUCACAGCUGUUUGCAGUCUCAAAAGAGGGGCUGGAUAUCAGUUCAAUCAUGAAGAAAUGAUCCGUGUGACACUUCAGGGGGAAGGAGGUUGAACUUCUCAGACAUUUCCAUGCAUAUUCUCUUUCCUGAGGCACUCAACGGGGGCUGAUUGGAUGCCUGCUGUCCCAAUGAAAAAGGGAUUCACUGAGAUGACAUAGGGAGGGGUCAGAACAAUGGUGCAGAAGAAGAAGAUCUGCCCUCGGCUGCUUGACUAUCUUGUGAUUGUUGGGGCCAGGCAGCCGAGCAGUGACAGUGUUGCCCAGACCCCUGAAUUGCUCCGACGUUACCCACUAGAAGACCAUGUGGAUUUUCCUUUGCCCCCUGAUGUGGUGUUCUUUUGCCAGCCAGAGGGAUGCUUAAGUGUACGGCAGAAACGCAUGAGUCUGCGUGAUGACACCUCCUUUGUCUUCACGCUCACAGACAAGGAUUCAGGUGUCAUUCGCUAUGGGAUAUGUGUCAACUUCUACCGCUCCUUCCAGAAGCGAUUGCCUAAGGAGAAAGGAGAAGGCACUGGUGGGCAUCGAGUUCGGGACGGACAGAAAGCCCCCAAGGCUGGGGACACUUCUGUUGCCCAAGAAGAAGUGGGCAAUGAGAAUUCAGAGGGUGGCUCUUCACUGCAGGCACCAAGCACAGAGUCUACUCCAGAUGUGAACCGGUCUCCACGCAGUAAGCGUUUGACCAAAGGCACUCACCGCUCCCGGAACAGCACCCUGACCUCCCUGUGCAUCCUUAGCCACUACCCCUUUGUCUCCACGUUCCGUGAGUGUCUGUACACCCUGAAAAGGCUGGUGGACUGCUGCAGUGAGAGGCUGCUGGGCAAGAAGCUAGGCAUCCCUCGAGGAGUACAGAGGGAUACUAUGUGGCGAAUUUUCACGGGCUCUCUCCUAGUGGAGGAGAAGUCCAGUGCACUGCUACAUGAUCUCCGUGAGAUAGAAGCCUGGAUUUACCGGCUGCUCCGCUCACCUGUGCCCAUUGCUGGUCAGAAGCGGGUGGAUGUGGAAGUCUUGCCACAUGAGUUGCAACCAGCCUUGACCUUUGCCCUCCCUGAUCCAUCCCGUUUCACCUUGGUGGACUUCCCCUUGCAUCUACCUUUGGAACUACUGGGUGUGGAGGCCUGUUUGCAGGUGCUGUCCUGUAUUCUUCUGGAGCAUAAGGUUGUACUGCAAUCCCGAGAUUAUAAUGCUCUCUCUAUGUCUGUGAUGGCAUUUGUGGCUAUGAUCUAUCCACUAGAGUACAUGUUCCCAGUGAUUCCGCUGUUGCCUACUUGCAUGGCUUCUGCAGAGCAGUUACUCCUGGCUCCCACACCGUACAUCAUUGGGGUUCCAGCCAGCUUCUUUCUUUACAAACUAGACUUUAAAAUGCCUGAUGACGUGUGGCUGGUUGACUUGGACACCAAUAAGGUCAUUGUUCCAACAAAUGCAGAACUGUUGCCAAUUCUACCAGAGCCAGAGGCAUCAGAGCUGAAAAAACACCUGAAACAGUGUCUGGUUAGCAUGACUGCAAUCACUCAGCAACAGCUGCUCACGCCUGACAACAAGGCUUUGGCCAGCAUGAGUCUGAAUACCCAGCCCAUUCUUAACCUAGAGAAGUUCCACGAGGGACAAGAAAUGACACUUCUCCUGGGAAGACCACAGAAUGACCUGCAGUCUACUCCUUCCACGGAGUUCAACCCUCUGAUCUAUGGUAACGAUGUGGACUCUGUGGACGUGGCUACCAGGGUUGCUAUGGUGAGGUUCUUCAAUUCUGCAAAUGUGUUGCAGGGUUUCCAGAUGCAUACUCGCACUCUUCGUCUCUUCCCCCGACCAGUGGUAGCCUUUCAGGCCAAUUCCUUUCUUGCUUCCAGACCAAAGCAAACUCCUUUUGCAGACAAACUGUCCCGGACACAAGCAGUGGAAUAUUUUGGAGAAUGGUCACUCAAUCCUACUAACUAUGCCUUUCAAAGGAUCCACAAUAACAUGUUUGAUCCAGCCUUGAUUGGUGACAAACCAAAAUGGUAUGCGCAUCAGCUGCAGCCAAUCCAUUAUCGUGUCUAUGACAGCAAUUCCCAGCUGGCUGAAGCAUUGUGUGUCCCCACAGAGAAGGAAACAGACUCUGACCCAACUGAUGACAGUGGCAGUGACAGCAUGGAUUAUGAUGACUCAAGCUCCUCCUACUCCUCCCUCGGUGACUUUGUCAGUGAGAUGAUGAAAUGUGACAUUAAUGGUGAUACCCCAAAUGUUGAUCCCCUGACGCAUGCAGCUCUUGGUGAUGCUAGUGAAGUGGAGUUUGAUGACUUCCAGGAGUAUUCAGGAGAUCUAGAUGAACAGGCCCUGGACAGUGAGAACUCCCAGGACAACAACCAGCCUCGCUCAAGUUCCAGCACUACAGCCAGUAGCAGCCCCAGCACAGUCAUUCAUGGGGUGAAUCAUGAGUCAGCAGAUUCAGCAGAAAUGGAGGAGAAGAUGGUUGCUGGAUUUUCAAACCACCUUCCCACCUUGCCACUGCAACCGAAUUUUCCCAAGAUAAAUCUGGAACGCCGUGAGAACGAAAGCCCUGCUGGUAGCCUGAGCUAUACAGAUGGAGUGGUGAAGAAACGAGAAUAUGACAAUCCAUAUUUUGAACCGCAGUAUGGCUUCCCUACGGAGGAGGAGGAGGAGGAAGAACAGGAGGAGAGCUACACUCCAAGAUUCAACCAGAAUCUUAAUGGGAACCGGUCUCAGAAGCCACUGCGUCCCAACAGUUUAAAACUGGCCAAUGACUCUGAUGCGGAGUCAGACUCUCGGGCUAGCUCCCCAAAUUCCACUAUCUCCAACAACAGCAGUGAAGGUUUUGGGGGUGGCAUCAUGUCUUUUGCCAGCAGCCUCUACCGGAACCACAGCACAAGUUUCAGUUUAUCCAAUUUAGCCUUACCAACCAAAGCUGGGAGAGACAAAAACACUCCCUUUCCCAGCCUGAAAGUAUUUGGGUUAAAUACUAUAAUGGAGAUUAUUACUGAAGCUGGCCCAGUAAGCAAUGAAGGGAAUAGGCGGGCCCUGGUGGAUCAGAAAUCAUCAGUUAUUAAGCACAGUCCAACAGUGAAGAGGGAGUCUCCAUCACCUCAGGGACGAACCAGUAAUUCCAGUGAGAAUCAGCAGUUCCUGAAGGAGGUGGUGCACAAUGUUCUUGACGCGCAGGGUGUAGGCUGGCUGAACAUGAAAAAAGUCCGCCGUCUGCUAGAGAGUGAGCAGCUCCGCGUCUUUGUGCUGAGCAAACUGAAUCGCACUAUCCAGUCGGAGGAGGAUGCUCGGCAGGAUGUCAUCCAGGAUGUGGAAAUCAGCCGCAAAGUUUACAAAGGGAUGCUGGAUUUGCUCAAAUGCACUGUGUCAAGCCUGGAGCACUCAUAUGCAAAUGCUGGCCUGGGUGGCAUGGCCAGUGUCUUUGGCCUGUUGGAGAUAGCCCAUACCCACUACUAUAACAAAGAACCCGAAAAAAGAAAACGCAGUCCAACAGAUGGAGCAGCCACUCCUGUUGGCAAGGACCCUGGUUUAGCCAUGAGGGUGGAGCCGAAGCCUGUGGUGCAACUGCCAGUACCUCAACUCAUGCCCAGGGCACCAAGCCCGGCAGGGAAAGGGCCAAGGGAGUUUGACACGAGGAGUCUAAAGGAAGAAAAUUUUAUUGCUUCCAUUGAAUUGUGGAACAAGCACCAGGAAGUGAAAAAGCAAAAAGCUUUGGAAAAACAGAGGCCUGAAGGCGCGAAACACUUCUUUGACUUGGGAGAGACAGAUGAGAAAAAAUCCCAAAUCAGCACUGACAGUGGCCUCAGUCUGACAUUAGGCUCUCAGAAGAGUGAUUUGGACUCUGUUGCCAGUGCUGGUCCUGCUGUGAUGGUACGAAGUACGAGCCAGGAUUCUGAAGUUAGCACGGUGGUUAGUAACAGUUCUGGAGAGACAUUAGGGGCAGACAGUGACUUGAGCAGCAAUACUGGUGAUGGUCUCGGUGGGGAAAAUGGUGGAAACCUAACAGGAUCACGGGGAACUGUGUCAGACAGCGAAAUUGAGACAAAUUCUGCUACUAGCUCCAUCUUUGGUAAAUCUCAGAGUUUAAAGUCGAAUCUGAAGGAUAAAAAGGGCAGCACGCCAGGCAGAGCUCCAGAGGAUGCAAGCCAGAGGGUUUAUCUCUAUGAAGGGCUUCUGGGAAGGGAUAAAGGAUCUGUCUGGGACCAAUUAGAGGAUGCUGCAAUGGAAACCUUCUCUCUAAGUAAAGAGCGCUCAACUCUGUGGGACCAGAUGCAGUUCUGGGAAGAUGCUUUUCUGGAUGCUGUGAUGCUAGAGAGAGAAGGAAUGGGAAUGGACCAGGGACCUCAGGAGAUGAUUGACAGGUAUCUUUCUUUGGGAGACCAUGACAGAAAACGUUUAGAGGAUGAUGAAGACCGUUUACUGGCUACACUACUACACAAUAUGAUUGCUUACAUGCUUAUGAUGAAGGUGAACAAGAAUGACAUUAGGAAGAAGGUUCGCCGUUUGAUGGGAAAAUCGCAUAUUGGAUUGGUGCACAGUCAGCAAGUAAAUGAGGUGCUAGACAAGCUAACCAACCUAAGUGUUCGAGAGCUUGCUGUCCGACCCAGCGGCAGUCGACACAUCAAGAAGCAGACAUUUGUAGUGCAUGCUGGAACAGAUACGACAGGAGACAUCUUCUUCAUGGAGGUGUGUGAUGAUUGCAUUGUGCUGAGAAGUAACAUUGGCACCGUGUAUGAACGGUGGUGGUAUGAGAAACUCAUCAACAUGACGUACUGUCCCAAAACAAAAGUGCUGUGCCUGUGGAGGAGGAAUGGCCAGGAGACGCAACUGAAUAAAUUCUACACCAAGAAGUGUCGAGAAUUGUACUACUGUGUAAAAGACAGUAUGGAGCGAGCAGCAGCAAGACAGCAAAGCAUUAAACCAGGCCCUGAAUUGGGUGGUGAAUUUCCAGUGCAGGAUAUGAAGACUGGGGAAGGAGGGCUUCUCCAGGUCACAUUGGAAGGAAUUAACUUGAAGUUUAUGCACAGUCAGGUUUUCAUAGAGCUGAAUCACAUUAAAAAGUGCAAUACUGUGCGAGGAGUCUUUGUCCUGGAGGAAUUUGUUCCUGAAACUAAAGAAGUGGUGAGCCACAAGUACAAGACGCCAAUGGCUCAUGAGAUCUGCUACUCCGUGUUGUGUCUCUUCUCUUACGUGGCUGCAGUUCGUGGGAAAGAGGCAGAAAGCAAAAGCAAACCACCUCGUCCAGUUUCCAGUUGAUCAUGAUAUUGGGAAAUGUUUGCCCUUUGGCAUGUUGGCGUUUAGUAUUCCCACUUCUGUUGCUGUUACUGGAGUUCACAUUACUGUUUCCUGUGAGAACUUCAUUAUUUAUGUUUGAUCCUGCAAGUCCUCCCUCUUAGAAAUAUCUAAAAUGUUACUGUUCAUUCGCCUGCUGAAUUCAUUCUAUUGGAGUUUUUUACAUAAGCUGUGUUUAUCAGACAGUACUGAGUAUCAGCAUCCAAGUAUAACUGUGGGUGACUUGCUCUGGCCAUUCUUUUGGGACUCCGUUUCCAAGAAGACUGAUGCAUCUGGAGUUCAGUUGUUUUUCUUUACAGUGGUACCAGUGUCACAGAUUUCCUCACUUAACAGCUGCAGGCCUCUGCUUUCAGAUUCUUUAGUUAUAUGCACAAUGGAAGCAGCUGGGUCCUGCAUGGAUCAUUUGUUUGUUGUUUAAGUGUGAUAUUUUGUAUUAUUUUCCUUCUGUGUUCUUACUUUACCCAUCAACGUGGAGUUCUUGCCACAUGGUCCUUUCAGUAGAGAUUAAAUAUUCUAGUUACCUUAAGCUCCUCUGCAUAGCCUACAACUGGAGAAUGGGGCUGUGAUUGGAUAGUAAAUUUAUAGAAUUACUGCUUCACCAGCGAGAGAAGCUUUGCACAGGGGAAACUUGAGAAGCUAGGCUUAAUGAAGUCCUCUUAAAAUUGGUAUGUUUGUAAUGUGUGUGUGUGUCUGACAUGGGGAAUUUUAGAGCAGCUCUGCUAGCAUUUCAGCAGUGCAGUUAAAUAAAUAUAGUGUUAGCUAGAACAGUUAAUAUAAGUGAGUAGAUACUAAGGAAAGGUACAAAACCCCAACUACUUGGAGAUGAUUUGGUUAACUGAAACAUGUGGCAAACCCAUGCAACUGUGGGAUAAUCUCUACAAUCUGUACCAAGUAUUUCUAUAGGAAUCUGUGUGCACUUUGGUUCUGUAGAAAGUGUGUGGAAGCCCACAGGAUUAUGCUGGUUCCAGAUCUAAUUUUUAGCUAUCGCUUCUGUCGAACUGUACAAGUAUAUCAGAGAAUUUUGCUAAUACUGUGUUAAUGUGUAAUUAAACUCCCUCAGUUAUAAAGUAUCCAUCUUGCCACUUAUUUUUAGGCUGACAAUUAAUGUUUGAACCCUGAUUUCUUUUGUUCAUGAACUGAACUGGACUCUACUGAAAAAAGCCCCUGAGAUGCUGAGAGGAAAGAAGAUCUAAAGAAAAUAAUGUUCUGUAAAAUAUUUGACAGAGUGCUCCAACAUAAACUGGAGUACUGUGUGAUUUGGUGUCAGAUUCUGAGUAAAGGCACUUAGAAAUAACCCUGUAUGGCUCAGUCAGGGUAUUUACCAUUUUGAAUGGGAUGCACUAGGAUUGGGUGGGGAAAUGAUGUAAAUAGUCUAAUACCACAUCUAUUUAUAGAAUGCUGUACAGCUGUCUGAAUGUGAAAAUAAACUAUCACUCAACCAAUGAUAGCUUCUAUCCUGUA